GCGCACGGGCGGAGCCGCGGACGCGCAGGGCGGAGGCGCAGUCUGCACCAUGGCGUAUCCCGGGCACCCUGGCGCCGGCGGCGGGUACUACCCAGGCGGGUAUGGAGGGGCUCCCGGAGGGCCUGCGUUUCCCGGACAAACUCAGGAUCCGCUAUAUGGCUACUUUGCUGCUGUGGCUGGACAGGAUGGACAGAUUGAUGCCGACGAGCUGCAGAGGUGUCUAACCCAGUCUGGCAUUGCUGGGGCGUACAAACCUUUUAAUCUGGAGACUUGUCGCCUUAUGGUUUCAAUGUUGGAUAGAGAUAUGUCUGGCACGAUGGGGUUCAAUGAAUUUAAAGAGCUCUGGGCUGUGCUGAAUGGCUGGAGACAACACUUCAUCAGUUUCGACAGUGAUCGGAGUGGAACCGUGGACCCCCAGGAACUGCAGAAGGCCUUGACAACGAUGGGAUUCAGGUUGAGCCCACAAACUGUGAAUUCAGUUGCAAAGCGAUACAGCACCAGUGGGAAGAUCACUUUUGAUGACUACAUCGCCUGCUGUGUCAAACUGAGGGCGCUCACAGAUAGCUUCCGAAGACGGGAUUCUGGUCAACAAGGAGUCGUGAACUUCUCUUAUGAUGAUUUCAUUCAGUGUGUCAUGACCGUCUAAGCCUCGAGGAAGCUGUCUGAAUACAUUCAACAUUCCAACUGGAGCCCACACUCGCUUCCUUCCUGCCUUCAGUGCUGUGUGUAGACCCCCGCCAACACUCCAUGACAACUACUGAACAGGAUUAUGACUUUAUAUAGAACCGAAGCUUCAUUUUUAAUUUUGAUAAUAAAUUCUUUGGAAGUUUAUGAGAACAAGUCUGUUACACCAGUCAGACCCUCCUGAGCCAUUAUUAAUUAUGCCUUAUUUCCCUGCUAACCCUCUUUGAUAUAAAGUAUGCAGAAUGUUUAAGGAAUACCACAUAUUUUCUCAUGAUGUCUGAAAUCUUUCAUCAGACUUAGCUGUUACCCUUUCUCUCCCUGAGGAAUGUGGUUGAAAGUUUUGUGUGGGCUAGCCUUAGGUAAGCGAUGUCGAUCCACAAGGGAGCAAAGCAGAGCAGUGAACACAGCAGUCCACACAUUACAGAGAAAGCAUAAGCUUCAGGACUUAACUGGUUGAAGGCCUUAUGAGUGGACAGGGCUAUUGGGAUGACUGUUGUCUGCCUCUUUAAAACCCUAUAGAUAAUCGGAGUGGCAAAUUCUGUCACCAAGUCCUUCUUUGUGAUCCAUUCAAACUUUUGUUAAUUAUACUUAAAAAUCAACUGUCAGAAAAACAAUUAAAGGAAAUAAGAAUAUAUAGUAACAGUUUAUUUUUGACUAAUGAGAUUUUAGAGGCCUUUAAUUUCCUUUAUAUAUUUCUGUACCUCCCAAAUUUUUUAUAAUGUAUAUGCUUCCAUUUUAGAACCAGAUGUCAGGGGUCCAGAGACAGUUCGGCAGUUAAGAGCAGGUCCUGCUCUUACAGAGGACUAAAGUUCCCAGUACCCAUGUUGGGUAACUUACUGUCGCCUCUGGCUCCCAUGGGCACUUGCGUUCACAUGCAUAUACCCCAAUACAAACAUAUAUGCACACACAUAAUUAAAAAGUAAGUGAAACCCAAGCAGGUUAAGUUUUAAAACAUGGUUGACCUCCAGUUUUGAAUGUCAUUUGUUCAUGCAUGUAAGAGAUGGAAAUGAACGUCUCACUGAUUGACCUGGCUGUAACCACUGGGAGUAGGGUCUUCCUUCCCACUAAAAUUUCCAAGCAUUUUCUAAUAGCUUAUUAGAUUUUACACACACAAACACACACAUGGGAAAGAAAAUGUUUUUCAAAUGUUUUAAUCAUUGUCUUGCUGGCAAUGCCUUGCUGUGUAUGUGGCUUAUGUUAGGACAAGACACUCAGUGUCUGCAUCAUUGAAAAGAAUACUUACCCAUCGCAGUGGUUCUGACUAUGCAAAAGUACGUUGCUAUAAAGCAUAUCUCCAGUGUUUCUGUUAUGUAUAGUUUGGUUGCUAAAAAACAGAACAACCUUCUGUCUCUAGUGACGUCCCGGAUUGUUUCUGACACAGUGUAAAUAUGACCACUGAAGUGAAUGAUUAAGUAUCAGCUGGUGAAAUAAACAUUUCAUAAGCAUCUUCA